AUGGUCUUCUCUUCGGUGUUGGUGUCAGCCGUGGCCCUGGCUUUAGCCGCCGGUCCGAACCCUGUUAUCGGGACGAUUACCUCUAGUCUUCAGCACAUCUUGCAGAACACCCAUGGCGGCGAAGAGUACCAAUAUCCCACAGAUAUUACCCGAGACAUUCCUCCGAUUCCCGUUCAUUCUCACAAUGACUAUUGGAGACAAGAGCCAUUCUGGACGGGUCUUUCGAAAGGAUGUACAUCAACCGAGGCAGAUGUCUGGCUAUACAAUGGCACGCUAUAUGUCGGUCAUGAUCAAUCUGCCUUGACAAAGGACCGAACGCUUGAAACCCUCUACAUCAACCCAAUCCUCGAUGUCUUGACUCGCCAAAACCCAGAUAGUCCUUUUGUGACUGAGCCCACUAAGAAUGGGGUUUGGGAUACCGCGCCAGACCAGACUCUCUAUUUUUUUAUCGACGUGAAAACCUCCGGUCCGGAGACAUUCAAGGCUGUCAUUCAGGCUUUAGAGCCCCUCCGAGAGAAAGGAUAUCUCUCCAAAGUUGAGGGCGGUAAAGCCGUUACUUGGGGACCGGUCACGAUUAUCGGCACGGGUGAAACUCCACUUGAGAUGGUGACUUCUGUCUCCGAUCGCGACUAUUUCUUCGAUGCCCCUCUUGCAAAUCUCAAAGACCCCAAGUAUUCGAGCAUCGAUGGCACAGUUUCACCGAUCGCGUCAACGGACUUUGCUGCCGCAGUUGGCAAGUUAACAGCUGAUACGGACCCGCUCCUCACGGAUACGCAGCUUGGGGCUCUUCGUGAGCAGAUUGCAAUCGCAACAGAGCGGGGCAUUGGCGCGAGAUACUGGAACACCCCAUACUUCCCAAUUCGAACGCGAAAUGCAGUCUGGAGGACGCUUCUUCGCGAGGGAGUUACGCUUCUCAACGCUGAUGAUCUCGAUGCAGUCGCCUCUCACUUUUAA